AAGAAAACCCCGGGUGAAGAUCAAGAUGCAUUGAUUGGUUAUUUUAAGCAGGGAAGUUUGCCGGCGUGGUAAGCAGUCCUCACAUUGCUGUCCCCGAUACGCUGCUGUUAGCCUUCCCGCUUCUGCGCAGCCCGACCCGGCUAAGUGUUUCCAGCCUUUCCCCCGUGUGUCUUGUGAGCAGCAUGUCUGAAUACGGCGCUUUGCCCACAAAUGGAGUCGGUGCUGGGAUGAAGAAGGACGCCUUUGCAGAUGCGCUACAACGAGCUAGACAGAUUGCAGCUAAAAUUGGUGGCGAUCCCCCAGUAAGUAACAAUGGAGGAGCAGAGAGCUAUCCAUUCGCUGCACAGAAACGAUCCCUGGAAGAAGGAGAUGAACCCAGUGCCAAGAAGGUAGCAUCACAGAGUGACAGAGAUUCUUCAAUGUCUAUUGAAGCUCAACUAGCUGCUCUGUCCCAACAAAGUGUCAGAUCCUCCACGAUGACAGAGGAGUACAGGGUGCCUGAUGGCAUGGUCGGUCUGAUCAUUGGACGUGGUGGUGAACAGAUCAAUAAAAUUCAACAAGACUCUGGCUGCAAGGUCCAGAUUGCACAUGACAGUGCUGGUCUUCCGGAAAGAAGUGUUUCCCUGACGGGGUCAGGAGAUGCCAUACAGAGAGCCAAGGCUCUUAUUGAUGACAUAGUGUCAAGGGGCCAUGAGUCCACCAAUGGGCAAGGAGGCUCCAUGCAGGAGAUGAUCAUCCCUGCAGGGAAGGCUGGCCUUAUUAUAGGCAAAGGAGGAGAGACUAUCAAACAGCUCCAGGAGCGAGCUGGUGUUAAAAUGAUUCUUAUUCAAGAUGGGUCCCAGCCACCUAACGUAGAUAAACCCCUACGCAUCAUUGGAGACCCCUACAAAGUUCAGCAAGCAAAAGAGAUGGUCAAUGAGAUUUUGCGAGAAAGAGAUCAUGCAGGGUUUGGGGAAAGGAAUGAAUAUGGAUCAAGAAUGGGAGGAGGAGGUGGUGGUGGCGGCGGCGGCAUUGAGAUAGCUGUGCCACGUCACUCUGUAGGAGUUGUGAUUGGCAGAAGUGGAGAGAUGAUCAAGAAGAUCCAGAGCGAUGCAGGAGUGAAGAUUCAGUUUAAACCAGAUGAUGGUUCAGGUCCUGAGAAGAUUGCUCACAUCAUGGGUCCACCAGACCAGUGUCAGCAUGCUGCAUCAAUAAUCACUGACCUCUUGCAGAGCAUUCGUGCCCGAGAGGAAGGUGGGCAGGGGGGCCCCCCAAGCCCUGGUUCAGGGAUGCCACCCGGCGGGCGAGGACGGGGUCGAGGCCAGGGGAACUGGGGUCCUCCAGGAGGGGAGAUGACCUUCUCCAUCCCUGCUCACAAAUGUGGACUUGUAAUUGGUCGAAAAGGCGAGAAUGUCAAGUCCAUCAACCAACAAACUGGUGCGUUUGUUGAGAUAUCUCGUCAACCACCGCCAAACGGAGAUCCAAACUUCAAGCUGUUCACCAUUAGAGGGUCCCCCCAGCAGAUUGACCAUGCAAAGCAGCUUAUUGAGGAAAAAAUUGAGGCUCCGUUGUGUCCACUGGGUGGCGGACCUGGUCCAGGAGGUCCAAGUGGUCCCAUGAGUCCUUAUAAUCCCAACCCUUAUAAUGCAGGACCUCCUGGUGGUGCUCCUCAUGGAGCCCCACCUGGUGGACCCCAGUACUGUCCUCAAGGUUGGGGAAAUACCUACCAGCAGUGGCAAGCCCCAGCUCCUCAUGACCCCAGUAAGGCGGCAGCAGACCCAAAUGCAGCAUGGGCAGCCUACUACGCACAAUACUACAACCAGCAGCCAGGGGGCGCCAUGGGAGGCCAGACUCCAGGGGCCGGAGGAGACCAGAGCCAAGCAGCACAGACUGCUGGGGGUCAGCCAGACUACACAAAGGCAUGGGAAGAGUACUAUAAGAAGAUGGGCAUGACUCAACCUGCUGGAGGAGCAGGGCCUGCUCAAGGCCCAGCAGCCACUGCAGCAGCAGCAGGUGGUGGAGGAGCUGCUGCAGCUGGAGGUCAGCAGGACUACAGCGCAGCCUGGGCAGAGUACUACAGACAGCAGGCAGCUUACUACGGACAGGCAGGACAGGCUCCUGGACAAGCAGCUGCUCCACAACAGGGACAGCAGGGUCAGUAACAUGAUUUGCUCGGCCUAUUGGACAGUUCCACAACUCCUUGGACUCUUUCUGUUUUCUGUCAAGACAUUUCCGUUGGCUUUAAUAACACAAGACACAGGAUAACACAUUCACCUUAGUGUUUUCUAUCCAUCCUUACUCUUGUCUAAUUUUUAAAGUCAAAAUUGAAGAAAUGAAAAGGGAACACAUUUUGCUUCUGCAUUGAACAAAGCACUAAAUAAAUAUUUGGGUUACUAUUAUGUUUGCCACUUCAGCUCACCCACACAUUGUGAUACAUCUCAGAAUUUUAAAAAUGUGAAUUAAUGAGCAUCUUUGCUUGGAAACUAGCGGAACAGCAUCUUUAAAUUGACAAUAAUUUUAGUAGUUUUUCCCCUUUUAAUUUCUUUAGGGUAAAAACGGUUUAGCAGUAUUUUGAAUAUUAUUCAAAAAUUAUGUUUGUAAGAAAAAGAGAAAAAGCUCAAGUUUUUGAUCUUUUGUUUUGUCCAGUCUUUUUGGUACUUUUUUUUUUUUUUAACAUUCCUACUGUUUAAGUUGCAGGUGUCUCUCCCUGCAUUCAUAAUGUACUUUUAAUUUUAUUCAUUGUAAUUAUUUUCUUUGAGGGUAACCUGUAUGCGUGUGUCUAUAUAGUGUAUGCUACUGAAUAGAGAAAUGUGUGAGAGUUGGCUGCAUUAAGGCACUACCUGUCCUACAGUAACUUUAUGUAGGGUGGUUGUGUUUGUGAGCAUGUGUUUGCCCUCUUUAUGUCCACAAGAUUUUUUUUGUUCCCAUAGAUUCUGUUAUUGUAUGCUGAUUUUACGUUAUUUUUUACUGCUUGUUUUUAAAUACUUAAAAAUAAAAAACCUUCAAAUUCCCA